GUGACUCUGAGUGUGAGAGCAGAGGGAACCGGUAUCCUGAACUACCAGUGGUUCAAGUCUAAUAAAGAGGAGGUUUGUGGUUGUUGACGAUUUUUGUCAUUCUUGUCUGACACAGUAUUAUGUUGUCAAUUCAUAGAGUAACACAGUAUAUAUGCAAUGAAAUGGUUAAUGUUUUUUAGGUAUUUGGUGGGACCAGAGCAGAUCUGAUUGUCACAGCCCAGAGGUCUCAGCUCUACAUUUGUCGCGUGAAUGACCAGUUCUGCAACUGUGUGUUCAGUGAAUGGGUCAAAGUAAAGGUCCUGGACAUUGCUAAACCAGGUAUAGGAAUUCCCUAAAUUAGUUACCAGUUAUAUGAUAAUAACAUGUUUGUAGUACAGAUGUUUAAAACUUAUUUGAUCAAUGUAGAGCACCAUUUUGCCUAUAAUGUAUUGCUAUUGCAUUUUCUCUUUCUUUUUUUCUUCAGGUCUCCCAGUAGCAUGGCAAGGGGAGCCCCAUAUCGCUGUACACCCUGUACCCCAGACUGUCAGACAAGGGGAGAGACUCACCCUCUGCUGCACUGCCUUUGGCAUUCCCACCCCUCACUACCAGUGGUACAGAAAUGGACAUCCUCUGUUGGGCAAGACCACUGACACACUGCAGGUAACACCAGUGUUUAUUUACUCCUGCACUGAGGUCAUCGUGUUUACUCUGUCAUAUCAUUUGCUGGCUGAGCCAACCAUGCUUCACCACUCCUAUGCAGUGAUGUAGUGGUAAAGAAAUUGGUGGGUAAACUCUGGUCGAGGUGAAAAAAGUAAUGCUCCCUAUACUUUCAAUGCAUUUUCCCCAAAAAGGUGGGUCAACUAUCGUGCAAAAAAAGUGGGUUAACUGCGUUUACUUGUGUUUACCCUAUACCUCUGGUCCUAUGUAAACAUUGUAAUUUAGAAUAACUUAGUUAAUAUUUAACUGAAUGUGUUUGUCGCUUGUAGAUAGAGAAUGCAGAGGCAGACCAUAGAGGAACAUAUCUCUGCCAUGUGUCCAAUGUUCAAGAAGAGAGAUGGACAGAGCCAGCUGAUGUUGAUAUAGGUAAAUGGAAGUGGAAUGCUGCUUGAAGGGCAUCUGGGCAACAAAAAGGAAAUAAUGUUUACAUGAAGUGAACAUACUGUGAGUGAUGAUGUCAUAUAGCUGAGUCUUCCUUUUGUGAAUGCUGCUCUGUAAUUAUAAACAGAUGUGCAAUAGUGAACAUGAAACCCUCACAGUAGCACAUGACAAAGCACUAGCAACAGUUAUUUUAAGUGUUCAGCUUUACUAUUAGCAUUUUAUAUUUUCCCUGACAAAGUCUACCACAUAAUUCACUGGAAAGUAAUUAUCCACUUUUCACUGAGCUAGUGGAAGAGCGGUAUGUUCAGAUUUCUGCACAUCCCUCCCACAAGUGGGUCUUUCCAUUCCGCUGACGAUUUAAGGUACUUUCCCUUUGUUAAAGACUGUACUAGAAGGAAGUUGUCAGGCUCUAAAAAGUGGUCAGGGAACUAGCCUUUGGAUGUAGGUUCCCCUUUAACAUUUGUAUGUUUUCUACAUUAUGGCACAUCAACAACAUUCAUAUUUCAAAAUCUUUACGAAUUUGACCCAACCAGUUUGAAUGAAAACUAGGAGGCCUUUUACACUCUCAUAUUGCUUUUGAUCUUGUUUGUUGUGUUAACAGAUUGAAGUGUUAAGUUAUGCACUGAUUUUAACCUUUGUCUUUUAUAAUUUUUUCAAUCUCUUUCAGUGCCAUCUAAUCAACUCACAGGUAUGGCUCAGUGGAAAUACAGUAUCCGCUUGAGGUAUUUUUAGAAUGCGGUUUGAGCAUUAUGUCAUUGAAGUGGGGAACUGUUGUACCAGUAUUUCCUGACAUGUGCGGUUUCAUUUUCUAUAGUAUAAUUAAUUAGCUGUUCUCAAAGUACAGUAAGUUGACCCUGAUUACAAAUUCCACUAUGGUCUUUUCAUCCAGCGACUGACAAAGUGGCCCUGCUGAUUGGUAACCUCAACUACUCCCACCACCCGGACCUGAUGGCCCCCACUAUGGAUGUCCAUGAGCUGGCCAACCUGUUACAGCAGCUGGGCUUCAGAGUGGUGUCUCUACUGGAUCUCACCAGGGUGGAGAUGCUGGCGGCCAUUGACAAGUUCCUUCUCCUGCUUGACAGGGGCGUGUAUGGUGAGUUCAAUACUGUACAGUAUUCUGAUGGUUACAUUACAAGGGAGAAUGUAUUUUGAAUUGAGUGUUUUUCAGAGACUCGAAAACUAACGAUGACACUAUUAACUGCCUUAGACGAAAAGGUGCAAAUGCAUACAAAAAUAUUUAUCUGUUAAGCGGAAACUAGACAUCGUAGUCUUGUUAAGUUCCCACUUAUUCUGCCCGUUUCGGUUGAUCUAGCUGGUGUCACAGGUCAUAAUCUUAUGCUGCUGUUUAGAGAUCUAAUUAGUAGCUUGGUGUGAGAGUGUGGUUUAGCAGGCAGAUAAGAGGCGGAAAGGAGAAGCUUGGGCCUGUAGUGUUUGGAGCGACAUGCCUUGCUAUGUAUAGCUGUUUCUGAGGCCUGUAGCACUUCUACUUGGCAGAUUUAUUUAGCGCCGGUAAAGGGCCUUAAGCAACCCAGCAAACUGUCAGCUUAUCUACCUUUUUAUAUUUGAGUCAAAUACGCGCAUUACAUUUUAUGUGGCAUGUAAACAUCUGUAAGAGUUUGACAUUUUCUGUCUCAUCUAAUAAUCCAUGCUUGUGUGUUGAUUGGCUGUUAUAGAAAACAAGGUCAGCUUAAUGUGAAAACCAAUCUGAAAAGUAGCGACCUGGCUUUUUUAGGAGUUUUUAGGACCUGCACAGUUUACAGAUUCAAAACAUGCUACCUGAAAUUACCCGACUCAGCUGCACAGCGAUGCAAAGCUACCGGUAGUUUACCAAAGUUACUGGAAUCUUCAGUAAUUUUGGUAAUUAACAGAAAAUAUAUGGCAAUCUAUUGUAACUUUGGUAAUUUAUACUUGAAAAACGUUGUAUUCAUACAUAGUAUGAAUUUUCUUAUAUCUGUGUCCAUAUUGUCCAUGAGUUUCUAGUAGAUAUACCAUAUGGUUCAAGAGAAAAUCCCUAAUUAAUGAAAAAAGCAUCUUAUCAACCAUGUCAUUAUUUUAAGUUAACUCUUUCAACUAUUGACUUUUUUCACAACUGCCACCAGUUUGACGCUGAAACAUCGACAACAAAUACAUACUGACAUAGUAAAAUAAAUACAAGUGUAUGAAAAAAUAAAUAAAGGAUAUUUCAUGCUGAAACCUUCAUAUUAAACCCCAAUGGUAUUUACUAAGUUGAUGGUUUAUAUUUAGGAUAACGAUUUACAGCUUUAUCAUAAAGAAAUACAAACAAUUAAAAAAUAAUGUGAUAAGGCCACACAGGGCCACUAGAUGUCUUGUGAUAUAUUACAUAAAAUCCUUGAAGGAUACCAACAUUCUGGUAGUUUACUGGUAGUAAUAUACCCUCCCUUUGCAACCCUACACAUAAUAUAUAGAGCAUAAGCAACAUACUAUUUUGUUGAUAAAGGACAGGGUCAGUGUUGUGUGAUAUUCUACAGUAUAUGAUUGCUAAAAUGAAACAUGGAACCUUGUUUGACAGAUGCCAAAUUAGAUCUGUACCUCUCGCUGAACUGGAGUAUACUUUUCUUGUGCUCUGAAUUUACUCUUAUUUACUCAAUGAGAGACUUUGCUUUUCCUGUUCACGCAAUGUAACAUGUGUUCGCCACUAAUUUGAUUUUAAUCUGAUGAAUUAACAGCGAUCAAUGGUAAAUAACUAAAUAGUUAUUUUGGUGUAGAACUGAAAAACAUACAAAAUAUACAACUAACAUAAUGCUGUCCCCCACAGCCCUGUUCUACUAUGCUGGUCAUGGGUACGAACGUUUAGGGAGAAACUAUCUGGUGGCCAUAGACGCUCCACAACCAUACUGUCCAGAGAACUGUGUCUGUGUACAGAGGGUCAUGCGCAAGAUGCAGGAGAGACGGACUGCAUUGAGUGUGGUCUUACUAGACACCUGCAGAACAUGGUAGGCCCCUGAUGGACACCUCAUGUUACUGUUUGUUGCUCUACUUCUUGUACAACUUUUGUACAAAGAGUAUUACAAUUGUGGAAGGACUAAAACAGGUGUUAAGUUGCAUAUUUGUAUUUUAAGGUACAACCAAGAUUGCAUAGCUUCUGAAAUAAGGCCCUUGGUACCCAUGGGAAACACAGUGUAUGGAUAUGCCACGUAUGUAUUUUUACUCAAUGUAACAACAAUUGAUUUAUGAGUGUUCAUUCAUGGCCUGAAAUCUAAAUGACCUGUCUUAACAGAUGUGAAGAUGCAGAGGCUUAUGAGGUACAGGAUGGAGGGAAGAGCACUGGGAUCUUCACCAAGUAUCUGAACAAGCACAUCCUGCAGCCAGAGCAGGUCACCCACAUCCUGGAGCAGGUGUCUGAGGGUCAGUGUUGUUGUAUGAUAGGCUUUGAUCUUAUGGAAAGCCGUUUUAACAUAUAUUCAUAUAAUUUUUUUAUAUAAAUAUUUGUAUUUUUCUAAAUAUAAAUAAUGGAAUUUUCUAUAUCAAUAAAUCAAAAAAAUUAUAUUAAAAAAAAGCAUUACAGAUAGCAAAAAAAUACAAAUAUGAAUUUUUUAUAUCAAUAAUUCCCCAUUGGAUUUUGAUAUUGAUAAUUGCUAUUUUUUUUAUAUCAGUCAUUCAAAUGAUUUAUAUAAAACAUUUAAUUAUUGAUAUCAAUAAUUUGAAUGAUAGAUAUAUUCUUUGUUGUUGAUAUUGCUAAUAAUUGUUUCAAUAUAAAACACUCAAAUUAUUGAAUUAUUAACAUUAUUAUUAUUAUAGUGAUAAUCUGAAUUAUUGAUAUUGAAAAUGUCAUUAUUGAUAUCAAAAAUACAAUUAUUGAUAUCAAAAAUGAUGUGAAGAUUAGCAUAUAUUUAGCAUAAUUAAGCAUAAUCUGUAUCUAAAAUUGUAUCUAAAAAUUGAUAAAAUAAUUUUUUUCCUACCGAUGAAAGACAAAUUAUAGAAAAGAAAAAAGAAAAUGUCUUGAUUACGUACUGUAUGCCUUCACACCCCAUAGUUAAUACUUGGUGAAAGCACCAUUGCCAGCCAUUACAUGUGUGAAUCAUUUUGAAGAAGAUGAGUAUUGUGGUGGCAGCAUCAUGUUAUGGGUAUGCUUGUUACCGUCAUGGACUGGGGAGUAUUUUAGGAUCAAACGAAAUAUGAAAGGAGCAAAGGACAGGUCAAAAGUUAAAGGAAAACCCACCAUAGUCUUCUGAAAACCUAACCUGGCGAUAGUUUUAUUUUUCAGUGGAACAAUUACUCAAAUUCUAACGCCAAAGACACACCAGAAUGGCUUUCCAUGAAGUGUUGAGUGUUCCUGAAUGGUCUAGUAGUCUCAGUCUUGACCUAAAUCUGCUUGAAAAUCAGUGACAACUUAAACAUUGAGUAUUGCUGUCCAUCAAUGAUUCCCAAGCAAAUGUACUGAGCUUGAGCAAUGUUGACAAAAACAAUGGAUCUAUGUUGCCCUAGGAGUUGCGUAAAGCUGGUAGAAUCUUAUUCCAAAUGAUUCACAGCUGUAAUGGCUGCCAAAGGUUAACUCUGGUGUGAAUACAUACGCAAUCAAGACAUCUUCAUUUUACAGGUUUUAUACAUUGGAAAAAGAAUGUGGACUAGGUUGUGUACAUCAGUAGGAAAAAUAUCAAAUGUAAUUUUAAGGCAGCAAAAUGUGAAGACUGUCCAAGGGGUGUUUAGACUUUCACUAGACACUGUAUGUAAUACAUGCAAAUGUAAUACCGCCCCCAUGAAGGUCAUUAAAAUAUAGUUUUUUAUAUCAAUAAUUCAGUUAUCGAUAUAAAAAAUUAGAAUUAUUUAUAUAAAAAAAUAUAUGAUUGAUAUAAAAAAAUAUAUAUAUAUAUUGAUGUAUGACGGUGGCUUUGCUUUUAGUACUUCCCUCUAGUGGCCACAUUCUGCAGUCUGUGUGACUUUAACAUUUCAGAAUGGAUGUUUUGACAUACUAUUAACACCAAUCCAUGACUCACAUUGAAAACCCCAGGGUUUCUCUUGACAAAUAGGAAAAUUACUUUUGACUAAAAUUACAAGAUAUUAUGCAAGAGAGACUAAAUUCCCUGCUAAUAAGAGCAGAAGUGUGGCUUUUGGUUCCAUUGCUCCUCUGUAGGAGAUGUACAGUAGUGUCUGUAAACAGGGUCAGUGUGCAACGUGUUGUUGUCUACUUGUUGGAGCACAGACAUGAUGACAUCUAAAUGUUUAUCCGUCACUGGCUACUCCCCCUGGUGUUUACCCUGCAGCAGGUACCAGUGGGCGGAGCUUGGAGGGGUAAGCAUGCUUGAUGGGUCUCUCUGGUAACAUGACUUUUUGCGACAGAGCUGCAUUAGCAUGUGACCUCAUUCUCUAGAAAUUCACACUGUUGGCCAGAGCACAGCAGGAAACCUGAGAGCGGUAGGUUUAAAGACAGCUGCUCUGCCGUGUGUGUGUGUGUGCGUGCGUCCCUACACUGCUCUCCUGUGGUCAUUUAGCUCCAGUGACAGUGAUCCUGCAUAGCUUAAGACAGCCCAUCCAAGGAGGUGGUGGUACAGGACUGUAUAGCCUGUAACAGUUGGACCUUGGCACAGAAGCUCACGGCUUAGAUUAGAGAUAUUUGCUGUAUGUUAAGAUUCCUCAGAUGAGUUGCACCGUUACUCAUAAUAGGUUUUAUUUCAGGGUUACAGCUUAAAUACAUUUCUGAAAGUGUUACAAUUAUAUUAAUGUCUAGGAAAUAGGAUUCACUGAAGUGACACAGAUCACAUCACAAUCACAUCAUGACACCAUUUUAUUAACAAUAAACACAUCGUUCCCAGAAACACCUUUGAGGAAUCAUGAUCUAUGUCCUUCUUGUUUUAGGCUUAUUUAUACAUGGAAAGAUAGUUGAUGAUGAACUGCUGUCCAGUCAACUCUAAUGGAAACAUGGCGAAGACAGCUUGCUUAAAAUAUGUACUGAAUCCAGAUCCUCUGCAAGGCUAAGAGUAAGCCUGUAGAAAAAUCAAGUGUAAUAUAUUAUAAAAAUAAAGCAAACUGGAUGGAAUAUGCACAAAAUUAUUUUUUAAUCUUCAACAUAGGAAUGCUACCAAAAAUAACUUAAUGAAACUGGUUACAAUUGACGGAGUCACCCAUAAUUCACCAAAUGAUAUUUUGAAGGAAGAAACAAAGUACUUUAAGCAUAUGUUUUCUUUUCAGUCGCCUCCAUCUCCUCUAACUGAAGCUAAUUGUAGAGAUUAUUUUUCUAUUGAUAAUGUCAAAUUAACAGCCACACAGAAAGACUCAUGUGAAGGUGAAAUUACAGAGGAGGAACUUCUGGAUGCAAUUAAAGACUUUAAGUCCGGGAAAACUCCAGGGUUGGAUGGCAUACCAGUCGAGGUAUACCAAACCUUUUUUGAUAUACUAAGAGGACCGCUCCUCCGCACACUCCACUGGCUUCCAGUUGAAGCUCGCAUCUGCUACAAGACCAUGGUGCUUGCCUACGGAGCUGUGAGGGGAACGGCACCUCCGUACCUUCAGGCUCUGAUCAGUCCCUACACCCAAACGAGGGCAUUGCGUUCAUCCACCUCUGGCCUGCUGGCUCCCCUACCUCUGCGGAAGCAUAGUUCCCGCUCAGCCCAGUCAAAACUGUUCGCUGCUCUGGCACCCCAAUGGUGGAACAAGCUCCCUCACGACGCCAGGACAGCGGAGUCACUCAUUUGAAACCCCACCUCUUUAAGGAAUACCUGGGAUAGGAUAAAGUAAUCCUUCUACCCCCCCCCUUACCCCAACCCCCCCCCCCCCAAAAAAAAAACAAUACAAAUAAUAAGAAAAAAAACAAUUAAAAAAACAAUUAAAAAAAACUAAAAAACAAAAACGAAAUAAUAAAAAUAAAUAAUAAACAAAACUAAAAAAUAAAAACAUUAAUAAUAAAAAAAACAUUGUAAAGUGGUAAUCCCACUGGCUAUAAGGUGAAUGCACCGAUUUGUAAGUCGCUCUGGAUAAGAGCGUCUGCUAAAUGACGUAAAUGUAAUGUAAAUGUUAACCACUCCUAUGUAAAUAGUAGAUUAUCUGACACUCAAGAAGAAGGUCUGAUCUCAUUAUUACUGAAACAGGAUACAAGUGGAAAAUAUAAAGAUCCAGUCCAUUUACAAAAUUGGAGGCCCCUUACACUUCAGUGUUGUGAUGCAAAAAUCCUAGCAAAAUGUAUAGCGCAUAGAAUUAAAAAGGUAUUGUCGGAUAUUAUUCAUUCUAAUCAGACAGGUUUUUUACAUGGAAGAUACAUUGGAGAUAAUAUAAGGCAAGUAUUGGAAACAAUAGAACACUAUGGAAAAUAUGGGAAACCAGGCCUGCUAUUCAUAGCAGACUUCGAAAAGGCAUUUGAUAAAGUUCGACUGGGGUUUAUAUAUAAAUGCCUGGAGCAUUUCAAUUUUGGAGAAUCUCUUAUAAAAUGGGUCAAAAUCAUGUAUAGUAACCCUAGGUGUAAAAUAGUAAAUAAUGGCUAUUUCUCAGAAAGUUUUAAACUGUCAAGAGGAGUGAAACAAGGUUGUCCACUAUCGGCAUAUCUAUUUAUUGUGGCCAUCGAGAUGUUAGCUAUUAAAAUCAGAUCCAAUAAUAAUAUCAGAGGAUUAGAAAUACAGGGCUUAAAAACAAAGGUGUCAUAGUACGCAGAUGAUUCAUGUUUUCUUUUAAAUCCACAACUAGAAUCCCUCCACAGCCUCAUAGAGGAUCUAGAUACAUUUUCUAACCUAUGACAAAUGUACUAUAUUACGUAUCGGAUCACUAAAAAAUACAAUUUUUACAUUACCAUGUAGUUUACCAAUAAAAUGGUCUGAUGGUGAUGUGGAUAUACUCGGAAUACAUAUCCCAAAGGAAAUAAAUGAUCUCACUUCAAUAAAUUUUAAUGGAAAGUUAGCAAAAAUAGAUAAAAUCUUACUACCAUGGAAAGGAAAAUACCUGAGCUUAGUGGGUAAGAGCGUUGUGCCAGUAACCGAAAGGUCGCUGGUUCUAAUCCCCGAGCCGACUAGGUUAAAAAUCUGUCGAUGUGCCCUUAAGCAAGGCACUUAACCCUAAUUGCUCCUGUAAGUCGCUCUGGAUAAGAGCGUCUGCUAAAUGACUAAAAAAUGUAAAAUGUAAAAUGUAAAAUGUUAAAUGACCCCAUUUAGUGGUCCUCUGUAGCUCAAUUGGUAGAGCAUGGCGCUUGUAAUGCCAGGGUAGUGGUUUCGAUCCCCGGGACCACCCAUAUGUAAAAAUGUAUGCACACAUGACUGUAAGUCGCUUUGGAUAAAAGCGUCUGCUAAAUGGCAUAUUAUAUACAGUGGGGAGAACAAGUAUUUGAUACACUGCCGAUUUUGCAGGUUUUCCUACUUACAAAGCAUGUAGAGGUCUGUCAUUUUUAUCAUAGGUACACUUCAACUGUGAGAGACGGAAUCUAAAACAAAAAUCCAGAAAAUCACAUUGUAUGAUUUUUAAGUAAUUAAUUUGCAUUUUAUUGCAUGACAUAAGUAUUUGAUACAUCAGAAAAGCAGAACUUAAUAUUUGGUACAGAAACCUUUGUUUGCAAUUACAGAGAUCAUACGUUUCCUGUAGGUCUUGACCAUGUUUGCACACACUGCAGCAGGGAUUUUGGCCCACUCCUCCAUACAGACCUUCUCCAGAUCCUUCAGGUUUCGGGGCUGUCGCUGGGCAAUACAGACUUUCAGCUCCCUCCAAAGAUUUUCUAUUGGGUUCAGGUCUGGAGACUGGCUAGGCCACUCCAGGACCUUGAGAUGCUUCUUACGGAGCCACUCCUUAGUUGCCCUGGCUGUGUGUUUUGGGUCGUUGUCAUGCUGGAAGACCCAGCCACGACCCAUCUUCAAUGCUCUUACUGAGGGAAGGAGGUUGUUGGCCAAGAUCUCGCGAUACAUGGCCCCAUCCAUCCUCCCCUCAAUACGGUGCAGUCGUCCUGUCCCCUUUGCAGAAAAGCAUCCCCAAAGAAUGAUUUUUCCACCUCCAUGCUUCACGGUUGGGAUGGUGUUCUUGGGGUUGUACUCAUCCUUCUUCUUCCUCCAAACACGGCGAGUGGAGUUUAGACCAAAAAGCUCUAUUUUUGUCUCAUCAGACCACAUGACCUUCUCCCAUUCCUCCUCUGGAUCAUCCAGAUGGUCAUUGGCAAACUUCAGACGGGCCUGGACAUGCGCUGGCUUGAGCAGGGGGACCUUGCGCGCGCUGCAGGAUUUUAAUCCAUGACGGCGUAGUGUGUUACUAAUGGUUUUCUUUGAGACUAUGGUCCCAGCUCUCUUCAGGUCAUUGACCAGGUCCUGCCGUGUAGUUCUGGGCUGAUCCCUCACCUUCCUCAUGAUCAUUGAUGCCCCACGAGGUGAGAUCUUGCAUGGAGCCCCAGACCGAGGGUGAUUGACCGUCAUCUUGAACUUCUUCCAUUUUCUAAUAAUUGCGCCAACAGUUGUUGCCUUCUCACCAAGCUGCUUGCCUAUUGUCCUGUAGCCCAUCCCAGCCUUGUGCAGGUCUACAAUUUUAACCCUGAUGUCCUUACACAGCGCUCUGGUUUUGGCCAUUGUGGAGAGGUUGGAGUCUGUUUGAUUGAGUGUGUGGACAGGUGUCUUUUAUACAGGUAACAAGUUCAAACAGGUGCAGUUAAUACAGGUAAUGAGUGGAGAACAGGAGGGCUGCUUAAAGAAAAACUAACAGGUCUGUGAGAGCCGGAAUUCUUACUGGUUGGUAGGUGAUCAAAUACUUAUGUCAUGCAAUAAAAUGCAAAUUAAUUACUUUAAAAUCAUACAAUGUGAUUUUCUGGAUUUUUGUUUUAGAUUCCGUCUCUCACAGUUGAAGUGUACCUAUGAUAAAAAUGACAGACCUCUACAUGCUUUGUAAGUAGGAAAACCUGCAAAAUCGGCAGUGUAUCAAAUACUUGUUCUCCCCACUGUAUAUUAUAUUUACCUAUUUGCUUAUGGUCUUGCCUACGCCUAGCGAACAGUUUUUUAAAUUAUAUGAGAAAUAAAUAUUCAAUUUUAUUUGGAACGGCAAGCCAGACAAAAUUAAAAGGGCAUAUUUAUAUAAUGAAUAUGAAUUCGGAGGACAGAAAUUAUUAAAUAUUAAAGCAUUAGACCUAUCACUAAAAGCUUCAGUCAUACAAAAGUUAUACUUAAAUCCGAACUGGUUCUCAAGCAAAUUAGUAAGAUUGUCUCACCCAAUGUUCAAGAAAGGCCUUUUUCCCUUUAUUCAGAUUACAACCUCUCACUUUCAGUUAUUUGAAAAGGAAAUAAUCUCCCAAAUAUCACUAUUUCUAAAACAAGCCAUAGAAAGUUGGUUGCAAUUUCAAUUUAAUCCUCCAGAAACAACAGAACAAAUAAUGCAACAAAUAUUGUGGUUAAAUUAAAAUAUACUAAUUGACAAAAAAACUUAAUUUUUUGACAGAAUGUUUAAAAAAGGUAUAAUCUUCAUAAAUGAUAUCAUCGGUAGGACUGGUGGAGUUAUGUCGCACAUGCAGCUAACAAAAACAUAUGGAAAUGUCUGCUCUACCCCAAAAUUACAACCAAAUAAAUGCAGCCUUACCGCAAAAGUGGAAGAGGAAAGUGGAAGGGGGAGAAAGUAAGGAACUUGUCUGUCGGCCUUGCAUUAAAGAACAUAAUUGGUUAAGGAAAACUGUGAUGAAUAAAAAAAGUAUAUCAGUUUCACUUAAGGACCAAAGGAUUGACAGCCGUCCCAUAUAGAUUGCAAAAUAGUUGGGAAGAGAUCUUUGACGUACUGAUCCCAUGGCAUAGUGUUUAUGAACUGACACGCAAAACGACACCGGAUUCAAAAAUUUGAAUCUUUAAAUUUAAAUUAUUAUAUAAAAUUCUUGCUACCAAUAGAAUGUUAUUUAUAUGGGGGAUACAAUCUUCCCAGCUCUGCAGAUUCUGCUGUGAAGAGACAAAAUCAUUAGAUCAUUUGUUUUGGUUCUGUCCAUUUGUAGCUUGUUUUUGGACACAGGUCCAGGAAUGGCUAAAGGAUUGCAAUAUUUACCUGGAGCUAACCUUGCAGAUAGCAUUACUGGGUGAUCUGAAAAGUCAUAGUCAAUCAAUCAAUAAUAUAAUAAUACUUUUAGCAAAAAUGUUUAUUUUUAAUUCACAAUCUGUAGAAGCAAUGAGAAUAGAAAGGUUCAGAACUUUUGUAAAACAUCACAGUACGGUUUAAAUAUAUAUGGCAAAUAGAAAUCCUAUAUGGAUGGUGUUAAGAGAUAGAUGGGAGGUAUUGAAUAGAGUUGAAGGAUGGGACUAAUAACAAAUAACAACAAAUAAUAACAAAGAUAGCUAAUAAUGUAAGCAUACUGUGUCCAUAAUAAGUAUAUAGGUUGUAUGUUGGGAGCUUUUGGGAAAGAGCACAGUUAGAAAGAUAUGGCAUAUAGAAGCAAACCGGAUGGACAUCAUGAAAAUGAUCGGAGAGGUUGAGAGUAGAAGAAGUUCAGGAGCAAAAAAAAUAUAUAUAUAUAUAUAAUAGAAUUAUUGUAAAAUUAGCUCUGUCCAUAAGGUGUAGAUAGUAAGGAUAGAACGGAAGUAGAGGCCUGGGCAUUGUUGUUCACUAAUUUACUCCAAGUAGGGAAAGGAUGGUGGGGUUGAAAAGUAAUAAAGGGGAGUAUAUAUAUAUUUUUUUAAACAUGGGGGAUUGGAAGUGAUGCAGACAAUUACAUUGAUAGAAGAUACAAUCUAUCUGCAAUAUUAAGCUGAUCCACCCCCCCCCCCCCCCCCCCCAAUUUUUAAAAAAAUAAUCAUAAUAAAAAAAUAACAUAAAAAAAGAGUAAGCCUGUAUCCAGACACCUGCAUAGGGUUUCAGUGUAUCAGUUUCUGAUCUGGCCAACAAUGCCUUAUACAGUUGAAGUCGGAAGUUUACAUACACUUAGGUUGGAGUCAUUAAAAUCAAUCAAUCAAUUUUAUUUUAUAUAGCCCUUCUUACAUCAGCUAAUAUCUCGAAGUGCUGUACAGAAACCCAGCCUAAAACCCCAAACAGCUAGUAAUGCAGGUGUAGAAGCACGGUGGCUAAGAAAAACUCCCUAGAAAGGCCAAAACCUAGGAAGAAACCUAGAGAGGAACCAGGCUAUGAGGGGUGGCCAGUCCUCUUCUGGCUGUGCCGGGUGGAGAUUAUAACAGAACCAUGCCAAGAUGUUCAAAAAUGUUCAUAAGUGACAAGCAUGGUCAAAUAAUAAUCAGGAAUAAAUCUCAGUUGGCUUUUCAUAGCCGAUCAUUAAGAGUUGAAAACAGCAGGUCUGGGACAGGUAGGGGUUCCAUAACCGCAGGCAGAACAGUUGAAACUGGAAUAGCAGCAAGGCCAGGCGGACUGGGGUCAGCAAGGAGUCACCACGGCCGGUAGUCCCGACGUAUGGUCCUAGGGCUCAGGUCUCUCAGUUGGCUUUUCAUAGCCGAUCAUUAAGAGUUGAAAACAGCAGGUCUGGGAAAGGUAGGGGUUUCGUAACCGCAGGCAGAACAGUUGAAACUGGAAUAGCAGCAAGGCCAGGCGGACUGGGGACAGCAAGGUGUCAUCAUGCCCGGUAGUCCUGACGUAUGGUCCUAGGGCUCAGGUUCUCAGAGAGAAAGAGAGAACGAGAGAAUUAGAGAGAGCAUACUUAAAUUCACACAGGACACUGGAUAAGACAGGAGAAGUACUCCAGGUAUAACCAACUAACCCCAGCCCCCCGACACAUAAACUACUGCAGCAUAAAUACUGGAGGCUGAGACAGGAGCGGUCCGGAGACACUGUGGCCCCAUCCGAAGAAACCCCCGGACAGGGCCAAACAGGAAGGAUAUAACCCCACCCACUCUGCCAAAGCACAGCCCCCGCACCACUAGAGGGAUAUCCUCAACCACCAACUUACAAUCCUGAGACAAGGCCGAGUAUAGCCCACAGAGGUCUCCACCACAGCACAAACCACUUGUUUUUCAAAAACUUGUUUUUAAAACUUGUUUUUCAACCACUCCACAAAUGUCUUGUUAACAAACUAUAGUUUUGGCAAGUCGUUUAGGACAUCUACUUGUGCAUGACACAAGUAAUUUUUCCAACAAUUGUUUACAGACAGAUUAUUUCACUUAUAAUUCACUGUAUCACAAUGCCAGUGGGUCAGAAGUUUACAUACACUAAGUUGACUGUGCCUUUAAACAGCUUGGAAAAUUCCAGAAAAUGAUGUCAUGGCUUUAGAAGCUUCUGAUAAGCUAGUUGACAUCAUUUGAGUCAAUUGGAGGUGUACCUGUGGAUGUAUUUCAAGGCCUACCUUGAAACUCAGUGCCUCUUUGCUUGACAUCAUGGGAAAAUCCAAAGAAAUCAGCCAAGACCUCCGCAAAAAAAUUGUAGACCUCCACAAGUCUGGUUCAUCCUUGUGAGCAAUUUCCAAACGCCUGAAGGUACCACGUUCAUCUGUACAAACAAUAGUACGCAAGUAUAAACACCAUGGGACCACGCAACCGUCAUACCGCUCAGGAAGGAGACGCGUUCUGUCUCCUAGAGAUUAACGUACUUUGGUGCGAAAAGUGCUAAUCAAUCCCAGAACAACAGCAAAGGACCUUGUGAAGAUGCUGGAGGAAAUGGGUACAAAAGUAUCUAUUUCCACAGUAAAACUAGUCCUAUAUCAGCAAGGAAGAAGCCACUGCUCCAAAACCGCCAUAAGAAAGCCAGACUAUGGUUUGCAACUGCACAUGGGAACAAAGAUAGUACUUUUUGGAGAAAUGUCCUCUGGUCUGAUGAAACAAUAAUAUAACUGUUUGGCCAUAAUGACCAUUGUCAUGUUUGGAGGAAAAAGGGGGUUGCUUGCAAGCCGAAGAACACCGUCCCAACCGUGAAGCACAGGGGUGGCAGGAUCAUGCUGUGAGGGUGCUUUGCUGCAGGAGGGACUGGUGCACUUCGCAAAAUAGAUGGCAUCAUGAGGAAGGAAAAUUAUGUGGAUAUAUUGAAGCAACAUCUCAAGACAUCAGUCAGGAAGUUAAAGCUUGGUCGCAAAUGGGUCUUCCAAAUGGACAAUGACCCCAAGCAUACUUCCAAAGUUGUGGCAAAAUGGCUUAAGGACAACAAAGUCAAGGUAUUGGAGUGGCCAUCACAAAGCCCUGACCUGAAUCCUAUAGAACAUUUGUGGGCAGAACUGAAAAAGUGUGUGCGAGCAAGGAGGGCUACAAACCUGACUCAGUUACACCAGCUCUGUCAGGAGUAAUGGGCCAAAAUUCACCCAACUUAUUGUGGGAAGCUUGUGGAAGGCUACCUGAAACAUUUGACCCAAGGUAAACAAUUUAAAGGCAAUGCUACCAAAUACUAAUUGAUUGUAUGUAAACUUCUGACCCACUGGGAACGUGAUGAAAUAAAUAAAAGCUUAAAUAAAUCAUUCUCUCUACUAUUAUUCUGACAUUUCACAUUCUUAAAAUAAAGUGGUGAUCCUAACUGACCUAAGACAGGGAAGUUUUACUAGGAUUAAAUGUCAGGAAUUGUGAAAAACUGAGUUUAAAUGUAUUUGGCUAAGGUGUAUGUAAACUUCUGACUUCAACUGUACAUGCCUGUUUCCUAAACAUUUCUUUAAGUUCACUUUUAUUAUCCACAUGUUUGUAUUUUAGGAGCCUUUACAUCAGUCAAAUAGUAUUAUUAUUUUAAUUUCAGUCCUACCAUUAAACCCUCCUUAAGAACAGCUGUUACCUCGGCAGCAUAGGCUAACCUUUAACCUGUUCCUCAGAUCUGGGCAGAGACCCUUUCGUCACAGGCAAGCAGGCAGUGGAAAUCAAACACACGCUGAAGGAGCCUCGCUCCCUCACAGAUCCGGUCAGGACCACCGGCCACACUGGAGAACUACGCCUGAGAGACGCCUGCUGGAGACAGGCCAACGGUAAGCUUUAACACACCAUAAUAUCCCCAAUACAGACAUGAUCUUUACCCCAUUUUUCACAAUUGAAAUCCAAAGACACUAUUGAUAAAUUAUUGUGUGUAUGUCAAGUGCUGUUUUUAUUUCAGAUGCUUUAGCCAUGGUGUAUCUUUUGCUAUGAAAUAGUGUAACUGUUAAGUCAGUUUCUUGCCCUAAGCUAGUCUUAACAAGAGGAAAAAGCAAUAUGUUCACCCCUCUCUACACUCCUUUUCAGUUCUGUAUGUGACAUGGUUGUGACUGUUACGAUGUACAAACAGUGUGGUUUAGCAUGAAUCAUGACCAUCACACCACCAUUCAAGGAGUUCUUGUUUAUUGGUGGUGAUAGCAGAAAGGGAACUUGUUUGUAUAUUUUUAAAGUCAGCCAUAAGCUUAUUUCACUAACAGUGUACCAGUUGUCUGUAUAACAGAAGGGAAUAUACUUUUUUUUUUUUUCCCAGUCACAUAAAAACAUACUUCUCUUGUAUUCUUUCUUCAAAUAGAAUGUUGUCGUCACUGAAGCUCCACAGAAUCCCCAUAUAUAUUUCUGGCUCAGAUUAAAUGGAAAAAAAUAGUAACUGCUACUAUAAACUUCUUCAAGGACAAGAUGACGACCUUUUAAAAGCAACAUUUCUUAACAUGGCUGCCUAACUUUCUUAUCACAUCUAUCUAGUCUGCAUUUUAGAGAUGCUUUGUUGUGUAGAAUCUGUAUCUUAAAACUGUCUUUUUUGUGAUGUCCUCCCACACAGACCUACCACGUCAGAAGUUGCUUAUUUUCACCUGUGGAGUUGAGGUGGAGGUCAGCUUCUCAGCCUUGUUCUCCAACGUCAUGGUUGCUUUUGGCACAGUGAAAACCACUGGCCCCAGAGCCCAGGACUGCACUGUUACUCUGAGGAGCACACCUGUGAGUGACAUCUUGACUCAUACUUGCCGCUACCUGCCACACUACCUAGAGGGCAGGACUUGGUGUACAAAUAGCCCUUAUUAAUAAGCAGUUUGAUUUAGUUGCAUGACUUCACAUGACACUACAGAUAAAUAUUUGAGUGAAAUUACUUUUUAACUCCUUGUGAGACCUGAGAAAUGUAUGUAACCCUGAUAACAAAACUGAAAACUGAAGGUUAAGAAAAUGUGUUUAGGUGCUAAACUUUAGAAGGUUCUAAGAGUGGGUUCUGCACAAGGUGUAUGAACUAUUUCCUGUUGUGGUCACAUCUCAAGGCUAAAACUGUUGUAUAGAUAUGUAUCUGAACCUGACAUGGCAUUACUCUUUGUAAUUGUGAAAGUUUAUUGCUCAUAAAACAAUAUUAUAUACAGUGGGGGAAAAAAGUAUUUAGUUAGCCACCAAUUGUGCAAGUUCUCCCACUUAAAAAGAUGAGAGAGGCCUGUAAUUUUCAUCAUAUGUACACGUCAACUAUGACAGACAAAUUGAGAAUUUUCUUUCCAGAAAAUCACAUUGUAGGAUUUUUAAUGAAUUUAUUUGCAAAUUAUGGUGGAAAAUAAGUAUUUGGUCACCUACAAACAAGGACGAUUUCUGGCUCUCACAGACCUGUAACUUCUUCUUUAAGAGGCUCCUCUGUCCUCCACUCGUUACCUGUAUUAAUGGCACCUGUUUGAACUUGUUAUCAGUAUAAAAGACACCUGUCCACAACCUCAAACAGUCACACUCCAAACUCCACUAUGGCCAAGACCAAAGAGCUGUCAAAGGACACCAGAAACAAAAUUGUAGACCUGCACCAGGCUGGGAAGACUGAAUCUGCAAUAGGUAAGCAGCUUGGUUUGAAGAAAUCAACUGUGGGAGCAAUUAUUAGGAAAUGGAAGACAUACAAGACCACUGAUAAUCUCCCUCGAUCUGGGGCUCCACGCAAGAUCUCACCCCGUGGGCUCAAAAUGAUCACAAGAACGGUGAGCAAAAAUCCCAGAACCACACGGGGGGACCUAGUGAAUGACCUGCAGAGCUGGGACCAAAGUAACAAAGCCUACCAUCAGUAACACUCUACGCCGCCAGGGACUCAAAUCCUGCAGUGCAAGACGUGUCCCCCUGCUUAAGCCAGUACAUGUCCAGGCCCAUCUGAAGUUUGCUAGAGUGCAUUUGGAUGAUCCAGAAGAGGAUUGGGAGAAUGUCAUAUGGUCAGAUUAAACCAAAAUAUAACUUUUUGGUAAAAACUCAACUCGUCGUGUUUGGAGGACAAAGAAUGCUGAGUUGCAUCCAAAGAACACCAUACCUACUGUGAAGCAUGGGGGUGGAAACAUCAUGCUUUGGGGCUGUUUUUCUGCAAAGGGACCAGGACGACUGAUCCGUGUAAAGGAAAGAAUGAAUGGGGCCAUGUAUCGUAAGAUUUUGAGUGAAAACCUCCUUCCAUCAGCAAGGGCAUUGAAGAUGAAACGUGGCUGGGUCUUUCAGCAUGACAAUGAUCCCAAACACACCGCCGGGCAACGAAGGAGUGGCUUCGUAAGAAGCAUUUCAAGGUCCUGGAGUGGCCUAGCCAGUCUCCAGAUCUCAACCCCAUAGAAAAUCUUUGGAGGGAGUUGAAAGUCUGUGUUGCCCAGCGACAGCCCCAAAACAUCACUGCUCUAGAGGAGAUCUGCAUGGAGGAAUGGGCCAAAAUACCAGCAACAGUGUGUGAAAACCUUGUGAAGACUUACAGAAAACGUUUGACCUGUGUCAUUGCCAACAAAGGGUGUAUAACAAAGUAUUGAGAAACUUUUGUUAUUGACCAAAUACUUAUUUUCCACCAUAAUUUGCAAAUAAAUUCAUAAAAAAUCCUACAAUGUGAUUUUCUGGAUUUUUAUUUCUCAUUUUGUCUGUCAUAGUUGACGUGUACCUAUGAUGAAAAUUACAGGCCUCUCUCAUCUUUUUAAGUGGGAGAACUUGCACAAUUGGUGGCUGACUAAAUCCUUUUUUCCCCACUGUAUGUACAGUACAUGAAGGUACAAAGGCUGUCAAGAGUGCACAUGUAAUCAUCUCCUCUUUCCUCUGUACACUCGCGGCAGUGGUGGUCGGUUUCAUUUAAGAUGAGGGAGGACAAAAAAUGUUUUAUGAGCAUGGCCUUAUUUCUAUUACAGCAUAUUGGAUGACUGUCAUUCAUAUUCCAUUUACGCAGCUCAAUGUAACACCGAUAGGUUUAGCUACUACAUUAUACUAAAAUUUUCCCUAUACCCUUCAUGAGGUUGCUACAACUUAGCUUAUGAAUAAAAGUUUAUAACGUAGGUGCACAGGUCGAGAGAAAAAUGAGAGUAAUCAAGGUGACAGACAUUAAAUACCGCCUUGCACACUCUUGCCUGCAUCUAGCUGAUCUAGGGUGUAAUCAUUAGUCUAACAGUUGCAAACGAGAGUUUCUAUUGGACAAAUUCAGGUAUGUUUAUCCCCGUUUGGUUUCGUUUAAGAAAAGUUUUUCAACAGAAUCGGCGGAAUGAAUACACCCCUGAUCACACGCAAACAUAGUUCACUUUCAUAGCAGCCACAUACAAACAGCAUGAUCAAUUUGACCAUUGUAUAAUUCCUUCUCGCAUCUACGCUCUCUCCUCUUCUCACCUUUUCCCUUUGCUUGUGGACUUCAGUGCAAAUAUCAGCUGUCUGUGACCAAGUGAAAAAAACGUUCCAAGCCCAACCUUCAUAUCAUAACCGCUAAUUGCUACACACAGCCUACAUCGUUGUCACCAUAUUAGCUAACGUCAUAGUCAGCACCAACGCAUUACUAAACCCACUACAAUCAUGCAGUACAGUCAACAAGCAGUUUAGCAGUUACACCGGCGGGCCCCUGUGGCAAUAAAUUAAUACAACCAAAAGCUUACCUUGACUUGGAAGAGUUCCAAUGUUGGAUAGCCAUAGCCCGCUAGCUAACAUAGCAUCCCUCUCUGUUUGAGCCGGGUGUUUGAGUAGGCUAAACUAGCUAGCUGCAUUCGCUAGCAAAGUGAACGUUUUUUUUUUAAAUACAACAAAGUAUAGCUAGCUGUCUAUCUCUCUCUUGCGCCUCCUUCAUUUCUAAAGAAAUGAAUUUGUUAAAAACUGUUCAACUAUUGUCUUUCUCGCUCUUUGAGUCAACUACUCACUACAUUUUAUGCCCUGCAGUGCUAGCUAGCAGUAGCUUAUUCUUUCAGGACUGGAUUCAUUCUCUGAUCCUUUGAUUGGGUGGACAACAUGCCAGUUCAUGCAGCAAGGGCUCUGAUAGGUUGGAGGACGUCCUCCAGAAGUUGUAAUAAUUACUGUAUAAGUCUAUGGAAGGGGGUGAGAACCAUGAGCCUCCAAGGUUUUAUAUUGAAGUCAAUGUACCCAGAGGAGGACGGAAACUAGCUGUCCUCCGGCUACACCAUGGUGCUACCCUUCAGAGUGCUGUGGAGCUACUGUAGACUUUCAUUGCAAAACAGUGUGUUUUAAUAAAUUAUUUGGUGACAUAUUUAUAUUAAGUAUAGUUUUAUCUAAAAAUAAUAACUUUUUUAAUGUUUCACUAUUUUUAUUAAAUUCACUGAGGAGGAUGGCCCUCCCCUUCCUCCUCUGAGGAGCCUCCACUGAGGCAUACAGUGUAUUCGGAAAGUAUUCAGACCCGUUUACUUUUCCCAGAUGUUGUUACGUUACAGCCUUAUUCUAAAAUGUAUUAAAUUGUUUUUUUCCCCCUCAUCAAUCUACAUACAAUACCUCAUAAUGACAAAGCAAAAACAGGUUUUUAGAAUGUUUUGCAAAUUUAUGAAAAAUUAAAAACUGAAAUAUAACAUUUACGUAAGUAUUCAGACCCUUUACUUAGUACUUUUGAAGCACCUUUAGCAGCGAUUACAGCCUCAAGUCUUCUUGGGUAUGACGCUACAAGCUUGGCAUACCUGUAUUUGAGGAGUUCCUCCCAUUCUUCUCUGCAGAUCUUCUCAAGCUCUGUCAGGUUGGAUGAGGAGCGUUGCUGCACAGCUAUUUUCAGGUCUCUCCAGAGAUGUUUGAUCGGGUUCAAGUCCGGGCUCUGGCUGGGCCACUCAAGGACAUUCAGAGACUUGUCCCGAAGCCACUCCUGUGUUGUCUUGGCUGUGUGCUUAGGGUCGUUGUCCUGUUGGAAGGUGAACCUUCGCCCCAGUCUGAGGUCCUGAGUGUUCUGGAGCAGGUUUUCAUCAAGGAUCUCUCUAUACUUUGCUUUAUGUGCCUUUUGGCAAACUCCAGGCAGGCUGUAAUCUGCCUUUUACUGAGGAGUUGCUUCUGUCUGGCCACUCUACCAUAAAGGCCUGAUUGGUGGAGUGCUGCAGAGAUGAUUGUCCUUCUGGAAGGUUCUCCCAUCUCCACAGAGGAACUCUGGAGCUCUGUCAGAGUGACCAUCGGGUUCUUGGUCACCUCCCUGACCAAGGCCCUUCUCCCCCGAUUGCUCAGUUUGGCUGGGUGGCCAGCUCUAUGAAGAGUCUUGGUGGUUCCAAACUUCUUCCAUUUAAGAAUGAUGGAGGCCACUGUGUUCCUGCGGACCUUCAAUGCUGCAGACAUUUUUUGGUACCCUUCUCCAGAUCUGUGCCUUGACACAAUCCUGUCUCGGAGCACUACGGACAAUUCCUUCGACCUCAUGGCUUGGUUUUUACUCUGACAUGCACUGUCAACUGUGGGACCUUAUAUAGACAGGUGUAUGCCUUUCCAAAUCAUGUCCAAUCAAUUCAAUUUACCACAGGUGACUCCAAUCAAGUUGUAGAAUCAUCUUAAGGAUGAUCAAUGGAAACAGGAUGCACCUGAGCUCAAUUUCGAGUCUCAUAGCAAAGGGUCUGAAUACUUAUGUAAAUAAGGUAUUUCUGUUUUUUCUGUUUAAUACAUUUGCAAAAAUGCCUGUUUUCACUUUGUCAUUAUGGGGUAUUGUGUGUAGAUUGAUGAGUAAAAAAAAUAAUUUAAUUCAUUUUAGAAUAGGCUGUAACGUAACAAAAUGUGGAAAAAGUAAAGGGGUCUGAAUACUUUCCGAAUGCACUGUAUCUUAUGAACAGCACAGUUAUUUUCAUAGUUUUCAUAGUCUGCCUUCAUAACAGCAGUAACAACUAAAGGGGCUAUCAGUCAUUUAACAAUAUUUCCCUUACACAAGAAAUAUAUGCCCAUAUAUAGAGAUCCUUGCUAUUAUAAAUGGCUGAAGUGAGAAACAAGAGCAGGAAAUUUUGGCACAACCGCUUUUCAGGUUUCUGCUUCUGUGAAGUAAUAAUUCAUUGGAGCAUACUGACAUCUAGUGGUUCAAUGCAUUAUGUUCUCCCUACUCACUCUCCCGUAGAGUCUACCACUUGUUAUGCACUAUGUAAAAUAACAAGUGGGUAUGACAGGUUUUGCUGUAGUUGCCUGAUGUAUCUUAUUCCUGACCUCUGUGUUUAGGCAAUGGAGGAUAUAUUUUCUGGUCCUGGGAGGUCAGGUGAAAUGGACUCUCUGUUGCUAAAUAACUCGGUUGCUGAAAACCCUGACUGUAGCCUCAGAAUUUGUGGCCUUCAAAAGCUUCAGGUAGGUUAACUAUGUCUGGGACCCCAUAUUUAACAUUUGCAAUAAGCAAUAAUAUGUCUAGAAAUGUAUACAUACUGUUAUCUAGCAUUAUUCAAUGGUAAACUAUAAAAUCUGUUUUCUGUUCUUUUUUUCUCUCCCUGUUGUAAAGGGAUCCUUAGUGAUAAAGGUGGACCUACACUAUACCCACAUGGACAGAAAGCUGCGGCUGCAAGAGAGCAAACAGCUGGAUAUAGGGAAGCCUCUGGUGGCAUCCUGUGAUCUGUACAGGGGACAGCAAGCAAUGGUUGCCCAGAGACAAGAUGGUGCCCCUGCCCAGAGUAUGGGCCACAGCCACAUCUCACACAGCAAGCAGCCCCCACGUCAGACACUGGGCCAGCCAGGCCACCCCUUCACUAGGAGGGCAGAGUGUGCUGCCAAAGGCCCCACUGCAAGGAGCAAUGAACCAGAGGAGAAUGAUGAGACUGAGCCUCAAGACUUUAUCCAUUGA